AUGAAGAGGAAAGUCACGCAAUGCGCAGCUGAAAAUGUGUGCGUUAGUUUAGUACAAACCGAAAUGACCUCAGAUGAUUAUAACAAUCCGGUUGAUACAACUAAUGCUCUUAUAUUGCCAGUGAAGACGAAAAAGAAAAAAGCAAAGAAAGCAGACGAUAAAGUGAUCAACCGGAAGAAGAAUGAAGCUAGGAAAAGACGAUUGGAGCAAACGGAAGCUAAAAUAUCUAAAGCUAAACGGAAGAAGCUGAUGAAAAUAAUGGAGAGAAAGAAAAAGAAAGAGUCGAGGGAAUCACUCCUGGAAAAUUUGAUGCAGUAUCAAUUACCCACCGGAACAUUGAGCAAACUCACAGCAGAAGUUCAUCCAAGGAAGCCUGUAAAAUCAGAAGAUUUCGUCCCAAAAAAGUUGUCAAAUCUAGCUGGCCGUAAAUGUAUCUCCUUGCCGGUGAAGAAGGAACCAGUACAGGAAAAUUAUUAUGAGACUGGAAGUGAAAGUGAAGACGAUAUUUCGCUUACAGAAAAAGUAAUAUCAAUGAACACCGAAUCAUCUAAAUGCGUCCUAGGCGACAACGACGUGAGAGAAAAACAACUUGAGGACAGUACAGAUAGAAGACAAAAAAACUCGACGAGCCAAAAUACAAAUGAGAGCAAAAUAAAGAUCAAAUGUAAUGAAGUGCAUUUAUUGGAACCAGGUACUUCGGAGCUCGAUGUUGCAAAUCUACCAGUUAAAAUAUCAUCCGUCAGGAACAAAAUUUCGAUAUUAAAAGAUACACAGAAAAGCAAAUUUGUCCCUGUUCAUCGCAGCGAAAAUAUUGAAGCACAACGGUCAAAGUUGCCUAUAUAUGCUGAAGAACAGAAUAUCAUGGAAGCUAUAAAUGAUAAUUGCGCAACGAUAAUUUACGGUGAAACCGGUUCUGGAAAAACAACACAAUUGCCUCAGUUUUUAUAUGAAGCUGGUUAUGCCCAUGACGGUAAAUUGAUAGGAAUAACUGAGCCUCGACGCAUGGCUGCUAUAAGCAUGGCAGCACGUGUAGCACAAGAAAUGAAUCUACCAAAUGCAGUCUCAUAUCAGAUAAAAUAUGAAGGUAAUCGAUCAGUCGAAACAUCCAUUCUGUUCAUGACGGAUGGCGUCUUAAUGAAAGAAAUGCAGAAAGAUGUGAUGCUUUCAGCUUAUUCGGUUAUUGUCAUCGACGAAGCGCAUGAACGAUCCAUGUACAGCGAUGUGCUCAUUGGUUUGUUGACACGAAUAGCACCUUAUCGCGUCCGUAUAGGCUCACCAUUGAAGCUUAUUAUCAUGAGCGCAACUUUACGUUUAGAUGAUUUUAGAAACAAAAGACUGUUUCCUGUAUCGCUACCACCUGUAUUGAACAUUGAUGCAAGGCAAUAUCCAGUAUCUGUCCAUUUUGAAAGACGUACACCAGAAAAUUACCUCACUGCUGCGUUUCAUAAAAUAUGUGAAAUUCAUGAAAAAAAAGGACCUGGGACGAUAUUGGUUUUUCUUUCUGGAAAAUUAGAGCGAAAUAAACUGGAAUUGAAGAAGACAGUUUCGAAUAAAUCAAAAAAGACUGAAAAAUCUGUGAAAGAUGAAUUAACAGAAGAUAGGUUUGCUGAUGCUGAUAAUUUGGAUUGUGACGAUUCCGGUUCUGAAAUACAUGAAGUCAAUUUUUGUCCUGAAGCUUCACGCACACAAAAUUCAUCAACUCUUCCUCUUUUCUGCCUACCGCUUUAUUCUCUGCUUUCCAGUAAAAAACAACAACGGAUCUUUGAACCGACUCCAGAUGGACACCGAAUGUGUGUAAUUGCAACAAACGUAGCAGAAACAUCACUAACUAUUCCCGCUGUGCGAUAUGUUGUCGACAGUGGUCGAGAAAAAAGACGUCAUUAUGACCCGGUAACUGGUGUUUCUCAAUUUCUUGUAAGUUGGAUUUCACAAGCAUCAGCUGAUCAGAGAGCUGGUCGUGCCGGACGUGUUCAACCUGGCGAAGUCUACAGGUUGUACUCCUCAGCGGUUUAUUCUGAUUUCGAGAAAUUUAGUCCACCAGAAAUACUGUCUAAACCAGUUGAUCAACUUAUGCUUCAUCUGAAGUCUAUGAACAUUAUUAAGGUUGCAAAUUUCCCUUUUCCAACACCGCCUGAUGAAGAUUCACUAGAAGAAGCUGAAAAGCGUUUGAUUCGUUUGGGAGCCUUACAAGUGACAAUGAAGAAUAACAUUAAAGAAGCGCGAAUUAGUUUGCUUGGAAAAACACUAUCUAUUUUCCCAUUGGCGCCAACCUUUGCAAAAAUACUUGUGAUGGCAAAUCAACAUUCUUUAAUGGCUCAUGCUUGUUGCUUGGUUGCUGCAUUGUCAGUUCGAGAACCACUUAUUCCUCUUUAUUCAUUAAGAGGUGAAAAUGUUGAAGAAACACAAGCCUUGAUAUUCGAAGCAUUGAAACAAAGACGGUCAUGGUGUCCACCUGGUCAAGCGAGGAAUUUCGGUGAUCUGACUGUCAUCUUGCGAGCUAUUUUGAGUGCUGAAGCAUCAGAAGGAUCUGGAUCUGAAGAGGAAUGUCAUCGAUUGGGAGUUCGUCGUAAAGCGCUUAUUGAAAUUCGGAAAUUACGUCAGCAGCUGACUAAAAUUAUCAAUUUAAAAUGUCCACAGGAUAAACCAUUUACGGUAAAACUAGAUAUGAAGCCGCCCACUGAUGAAGAAACGUUAAUGUUAAGGCAAAUUGUGAUUGCUUCACUUACUGAUAAUAUAGCCAGAAGAGUUGAUCCAAUAGCGAAUCAGAGUGUACCCAAGGGCGCAUAUCAAUCUCAAAAAUUAAAGGAUUAUGUUUACAUCGAUCCAAGUUCUGUAUUAUUCAAAGAUGAACCAGAUUGGGUGCUGUAUCAAGAAAUCAUUGAGCGGAAAGAUAAAAAAUUUAUGCAGAAUGUGAUUUGUGUUGAGGAACAUUGGUUACCUCGUUUGGCGAAUACUUAUUGCCAUUUUACUCCAAUUAAGGAAGCUGAGCCUCGAUAUGAUUCAGCCACAGAUACUGUCCUCACUUUUGUGAAUGGAACAUUCAGUGAUAGGCGUUGGCCUUUAGGCAAAGUUGAACAACCAUUACCUGUUAAUAUCAAUCUGUAUCGUUAUUUUGCCCAAUUCUUCCUCGAUGGUUCAGUUUGUCCACCUUUAGCUACUUAUGUAACGAGUCGAGUACGUUUAUUGGAAGUUUGGAAGAAUAAAAGUGAAUAUCUUUUGGAUGAAUAUCUCGAAUGGCUUCCAAAAUUCUUACAUGAAAAAGUUCAGAUGAAUUGGCCACCGAACUGA